UUUAGAUAAUCAAAUAGUUGCAUGUUGAAUGUCUACUGGACAAGACACUCCGUAAUAAUAAAAAAUAAUAAUAAGAUAAUUAAAUAUGUUGUGUUGUGAUUGUGGUUUGGUUUAGCCUGUACUCGUAUUGGGUCGGCUUUCCCUUCGCGGGUUGGAAGGUCAGACGUGCAGUAAAAAACCGGACUUUUCAAAUCUUCAGGAAAAAUGACAAAUCUUAACGCUGCAACUGCUCCUGGCGCAGAUGCUAAUUUGUGAAGGUGAUGUGUAUGGCAAAUGUGAACGCAGCUACAAAUUGGGGAGGAUCUAAUACUAACAGUGCAAUGUCAGUCCGAGGAGAUGUGACCGUCGGCUGGGUGGCGAUGUUGGUGGCGAUGUCGCUGGUGACCAUCUGUACCAUCGUCGGCAACGCGCUCAUGCUGGCAGCGGUGCGGCGUGCGAAGCGUGCGCCUGCGCACUACGCGCUUACUAGCCUUCUAACAGCCGAUUUGCUGGUGGGAGUCUGCGUGCUACCGCUCGCAGCUGCUAGGGAACUGUUCGUGUUCCAUUUACCUUGGGUGUUAUGUGCGCUUUGGAGUACAUUGGACGUUUUAUGCUGUACGGCGUCUAUUCUAUCUCUGUGCGCGUUGGGCUGGGAGCGAUGGUGGGGAAUCACUGCCCCAUUGGCUGCGUCCCGCAGGGCAAAACGUGUUCGUGUGCUGGUGGCAAUCCUGUGGCCCCUCUCGGUCAUCAUCGCUCUGCCCACCGGGUUCAUCCCCUCGCAAAAGCAUUACCUGGCUGGGGAGGUGCCCAAAGCCUGCGAAGUUAAUACUAAUAUUGUCUACGUCUUUUCAAGUAUAUCCUUCUCAUUCUACAUUCCGACUUCUGUGAUGGUGUUUUUCUACGCAAUGAUACUGAGGUCGCUGGCGUCGUCGCCGCCACUGCGCGCGCACCGCGGUAGAUCACCUUGCGUACACGCAGCACAGAAGGCGGGAAAUUCUCCAAAAUUAAAGGACAAGUGCCUUACACCAAUCCCAGAAGGAAAACCCGUACAAAAAUGUGUAUUCCUGACACCUAAACGCUUACAUUUGGGCCUGCCUACUCCAAUGGUGCCAUCUCCUCUCCAAGCAUCGUCACCACUGAAGACUUUAGGAACAUUAAGCAGUAUGGUCCCUCGUCAGCGACGGGCCACUCAAACUAUAGUAAUGUUGAUGUCAUUAAUUCUGGUUUGCUGGACGCCAUUCUUCAUUAUGCUGCCCAUAGAUUCCCUGUGUGAUUGCGUCUUGGACUCCACUUGGCAAUGGUGCUCGUGGUUGGGUUACGCCAACUCUGCGUUAAAUCCGCUAGUGUACGCGGCGGGAUCGCCCAGUGUGCGCCGAGCCUUAUCCGCUUCCCUACCCUUGACUCACUCGCGGUCAGUGGACUGAUUCGUCUAUGUGUCUAAUGUCCAACGACCUAAUAAUGAUUCUACCAGGUAAUGGUGGUUUACAAGUCGAAAUGGCGGCAACCACAAAAUGGCGGGAAGAGAAACGCGCAGAAAAUCGCACCCGCUCCGAUUUAAGGCGUUAUAAUGGCCCACUCAUAUCAAAGCGCGGGCGCAGGUUCGUUGUGAAUGGGGCCUUAGAGUGAGGCCACACGAUGCGUUGUGGGUCCGUUACGACGACUUAGCAGUGACGCGUCGUCGUUCUAUAUAAAUACUUAAAUCCCGAAAUUAUAGCGUUGCGAUGACGCAACGGAGCGGCAACGCCCGUAAGGCCUCUCUCUUAGGUGUUUGAAAUAGCGAUGGUUAAUGUCUCAAAAUGGCGACUGCAGACAAAAUGGCGGCAACGAUCACUGGAGGGCGGGAAAGUGUGCUUGCUCCACCAAAGUCUCUCGCGUCUGGUGAACACGUUUUACAAGUGCAACGUCCAUUCAGGCAGUAACCGGGCUCAUCUUCUUCCGAGACACAUUCCUGAGGACAGAAAUAAAAUGUGAUAUUAUAUAGUCAGUAAGUACAUUGUAGGAUAAUGUGUAAUGAUUUAAAUAUUUAAUGUUAAGAUGACUUUAUAUGGAUGUUAGUUUAGGUUAGGUUUAAGUAGUUGAAUUGAAAUAAAAAAAUAUUUAGUAAAACUUUGGUUAUUGUUCACAAAACAGAGUACAUAACUUUUUAUUACUUAGUUAUGAAACUGUUAUGUUAGGUACAUACUUAGUAAUAAAAAGUUAUGUAGUUAAGUACUGUGUUUCGCGAACAACAACCAAAGUUUUGCUAAAAUAAGAUUCAGUGUAAGUAUUAAAUAGAUUUUGUAUGACAGGAUAUUUUAGAUAUAAAAUAAUGUUGUAAAUAUGUAAAAGAAAAUAUUAUUGUAUUCAAAUA